CUGCCCAGGCAGUAGAGAGGUAUUGCGGUGUCGCGUGGCCACUAGAUUUGUCCCUUGAAAGGCACAAGAGUGCAGCAAUUGCAGCGUCUUUCUUGCACCGCCUUAGGGUUUGUCUCGUGCGAUAUGUGGUAGAGUCACUCAGACUUUCACCAUGAGCAGCAUUGGAGAGGGAAAUAUUACAUUCUGGCAGAGACUGAAGAGGCAGAAACAUGGGCUGGGCAACAUGGCCCUCGCGGCGUCCACGCUGCUCCUCGCGGUGCGUCUCAUCGACCAGGAUAAGGAGCUGAAUAGGAUGAGAGAGCGCGAGUCCGAGCUGCUGGAGGCUUUCAGGUGUGAGAACCGGGACGUGCUGGAGCGAUUUUCCAGGUUUCGUGCCUCUUUGGAAGAGGAAAUCGAUCGAGCCGGCAGUAGGUUGCCGCCGCUUUCGACCAGGUUACGGGAGCUGAUAGAGAAGAGCAAUAGGGAAGAGCAAGCUUCCCUCGCUAGUUUUGGAAACCAACAAGAUCCAAAUUUAGAGAAAUUGCAAACCAAAGAGGCACUGCAAGCCAAAAUCAAAGCCAGCUUCAUGGUUUGAUGGGGAGAUCAGCCGAGAUUGCAAGGCUGUGCUGAUGGUGGGUGGAAUGGGUCGAUGCACAUACGCAAAGGAAUGAGAGCUCUUGUGAAGAAGACUUCUUACUCUCCAUGUUUGAUGGUGGCGAGUAUAGUAUUCAUGGAGCUGUACAUUUCUGGUGAUGAUAGAAACAUAUGCUCACAUUGAAAGAGGAGGCCAUUAGACAUAGUCGAUAUGUUUCGAAAAGACAAGAAUUGUUGGGUCGUUGAACAGGAAUGAAAUUCACAGUCCGGAAUCAACAUGAGGCACUGCAAAUUAAGAAGUGAAUAUGGAUCAUUAGAGUUUCGUUCUAAUUAUGGCUUUGUCGCUCUGUACCGCAAGGAGGGUACGACCAGGUAAUCACAGUUUUGGUUGGAGCACGAAUAAAGCGGAGAUCGUUACAGUUGAAAUUUAA